CGUUAUCGGAAGUUUGCAUGGUGUUUCGGAAGCUAGUGCCACAUGCGCGACUCGGGUGAACGCUAGAUACCUUUACACACUGUGCACGGGGUUGACACGAAUGAUGCUGAGUUAAAUACGACUGUGGCAUCAUGGUAAAGAAGAAGACCCCUAAAGUUGAAGCUUUGGUUUUGGAGGAAGAAAAACUGAACGAGCUGUUAGCGUCUCUCUCUGUGGACGGAGGGCACGAUGGCGUUGGGCAGGUCGCCAAGACUUUGCAUACUUGUUUGGAGCUCAAUGAUCCAGUGCAGCAGAUCCAGCUGGUCAAAAAGGCCGGUUCGCUGCUGGAGAAGCUUGGUGAAGCGCCAACAGAUGGAGAAAUUUUAGGAUGUUGUCUACAGACAUUGUCCUUGGGUUACACUUUUCUACAGGCCAAGAACCCAUUGCGACGUGCCAUAUCCAGUGCCCUGAGUUCAGUACCACCCUGGCUUCAGGAACGAGCCAUGGCUUCUCUCUCCAUGUGCCUGUCAGACUGUUUGUCAGAUUCGAAUCCUGACCAUUAUCCACAUGUUAUUAACACAAUUGCUGGCUGUUUGGAUGGCUUCCCUCUAGGGGAGAGAUGCAUCAAUAACCUCCUUCUAGAAGUUUUGGCGUUUCUUCUCAAUGGAUUACAUGAAUAUGUUCAUCAAAACAGUGUUGUAGCAGGCAGCCACAUUGCUCAAGCCCAAUUGAUGCAUUCCUGCCUUGCUGCAGUGAAAACAUCAAUCCAAGUCAUCCAGAAAUGCCAAGGUUCUAUUAUUUCGACCUUGACGAGCCACCAGACGCUAAAGGACACACUUAGCAGCCUGCUGGAUUGCUACAUACGUAUCAUCACUGAUGAGGAGUUUUUGCAAGCAAUACAGAGUACAUCUGGCAUGGCAAUAGUCCUAUUAAUUCGAUCUGUAAUGGGGUCCGGAGAUGAAGUCGCGUCAGUGGUGUGCAGUUUGCUCCGUUGCUCGAUGAAUGGCUUGGACCUGGCACCAAUUUGGAUUAAGGAGAGGUGUGAGAAGUUGUGUAAAAGUACUCGUCCACCGGGUGUUUCGAUGUAUCUGUGUCAUGGUGCGCUGGCUAUGCUGAGUUGGAAGGGCUCUUCCACUGGCCCACACUGGGAGACACUGCUUCUGUUGGUCCCAAACAUACUGCUGGAUCUAGAUGUCAGCAUUAAAGAAUCUAGUACUGUUAUGGUAGUAGUUCGUGUCCUGAUGCUAUGGAGCAGUGCUGCCUUGGACUACCUGCAGGAAAGAAAGCAGCUCUGUACCCUCAGCCUCCAGCAGUCCCUCAGUGGAGGGUCUGAUUUACACCGACGCCUCCUGGAGCAUAUAUACUCCCACUGGGAACAUCCUCUUGAUGGAGUCCGCCACCAUACAUGCUCCCUGUUUCGCAACCUCCUCCUCCUUCAUCGAUUUACAAAUUCUACUUCUGAGGCAAAUCCAGACAGUUGUAUCAUAGAAUUGACAGAAAGAUUACUUCAGCUCGAGUGGCACAUGCGGGGAAAAUAUGGAGCUUUAGGCUGCCUGGUGGAGCUCUAUGGUGCUAAGUACCUGCUUGAAAUCCAGCCACAGCUUCCCUCAUGUCUCCUAAAUCUGAUGAGUGACCAGACAUUGGCUCCAUAUGCCAGUGACCUUCUGGAGAGACUUUUUAUCAGCCACAAGGAACAGCUUACUGCUGAUGCCUCAGCAGAAAACCUCACCACUACAGAAGCCUGGAUGGAAUGUUGGCAUCAGAUGUGGGUUACGCCCCUGCUAUUGGUGCUGUGUGGUGCAGGAGUGGAUGAGACUACUUACAUUCUGGAUUAUUUUCUGCCCAAAUUGCUGCGCUGCAGCCCAUCCAGCCUAACAUACAUGGUGCAGGCUUUACAAGACAGAUUGCCGUACUGCAAAGGUUCAACUGGCAGUAGGGGUGCACUUGGGGCCCUAAUGACGUGCUUGCGGGCAGCCAGGUCUCAAGGAGUGAUGCAGUCCCAGGCUGACGCUCUGUGGGGUGAACUGGCACCCGUCAGCCCAGUUCGGCAAGCGCUAAUACAUAAACAUGAUCAAGUGAGAAUGGAUGCUUUAGGUCUGGUGUGCGAAAGCCACCGCAGCACUGAGGUUUUGACCUCGCAAGAAAUGGACCUCCUUCACCACUUCUUACUUCCGAACCUCAACAGCCAGUCACCAAGUGUCAGGCAGCAGGCAGUCAGUCUUUUCAAGAAGGUCCUUUGCAGAGUAAAGGAUAGCACACAGCUGAUGUUAAAGAGACAGAGCCAAGUAAAGGAGCCCGAACAAAGAGCCAGAGACCAGCAUACUCUAUGUCUUUAUAAGGAAUUCCUGCACGAGUUAUCUACAAAGUUGUUUGAUGUUUUGCUUCCCGGUGCUUCUUUUUCUAAAUGCCUCAUGUCGCUUCACUUGCUUGGUCUGCUUGCUGAACUCUUCACUUUUGGCACUGAGCCUGAUGGGUUUGCCCUCGGUGAAGUUGUGACCUCUACUCAUGCUCAGAAUGUCCUUUACUGUGUAGCAAGCAACUUCCUGGAAGUCAAACUACUGGCUACAACGUUGCUACGGAAACUUCCUAUAUCAGCAGUGGGACUAGAGGAACCACAUGUGAUGCGAGGUAUACUUCAGGCUGCGCUGGAUUUAAGCACCAGUACCAAUCCCUUUGACAGUGUAACAGCUGCCCAUCUGCUCAACCUGCUGCUCGACCAGCCCAAUUUAAGCCAUGCACUACUACUCUCUGCCCAGGAGCAGAAACUUAACUUUCAGCUUCCCUCCACAUUGCCACCUGCACCUGAUGUUCAAGAGCUAAACACUUUAUCUGUGAUUCAGUUCUUGCUGUGCUGUCUACAGUUAGAGGUCUCCAAGGCAGAGCAUUGCCUCUUGCAGGCCGCUGCUUCCUAUCCGCUCUACGGCCGAGCCCACUGCAUCACUGCAGUCCUUCAGAAUCUUAACACAGAGUGUUUACGUCACACAGAGGAGUGGAGGCGACUAGUUUCAGAGCUUAUCGCCAUCUGUUACAGAUUGUCAGAUGUGGUCUCUCCUGUUGUCCAGAGCUCUUCUCCUGAGGGGCUCAUACCCAUGGAUGCGAGCACAGACACAUCAGCAGGACUACAGAGGGUCCUGCAGGAGAUUCAGCCAAGGGACACCAAUGAUUUCUUCACCAGUGCCAGAGAGCUGGAUGCACAUGAUGAAGAGGAUCAGGAAGAAACUCAGAAAAAAACCAAAGUAUCACUAGCCACCGGUGGUGAGGGCUACAGGGUGACAGCCCAGAUGGUGCUGGUGUGUUGCUGGCGGAGCAUGAAGGAAGUAGCCAUGCUGCUGGGGCAGCUGUGUCAGAGCCUGCCACUGCACUACAGCAGUGACGGCGCGCACACACAUCCUGGGCUCAUAACAGAGGCACAGGUGACUUGUAUUGGCUUGUAUUUCCGUCAGCAGCUCCUGCAAUCCCGUCAUCGUGGUGCCUUUGAACUGGCUUAUGUGGGCUUUGUUCGCCUCACUGACAUGCUAUGCAGGAGCGGCAGUAAAGUCCUACAACAGCUUCCUGCUUGCUGGCUUUCCGAAGUUUUGGAAGAGGUCAAAGCAAGUGACCCAUCAUCUAAACUGUGUGCCACAAGACGCAGCGCUGGAAUACCCUUCUAUAUACAGGCUCUUCUCUCAUCUGAGCCAAAAUCUUCAAGUUGUAGUCUGUUGAAAAUGACCAUGAGAGAGCUGAUUACCCUUGCCAUGCCUACUCCUGACAGAAAUACAGAUGGUUCCACUGUUCCCCAGGUACAUGCGCUGAACAUCUUGAGAGCUCUUUACAGGGACACUCGUCUGGGAGAAAACAUCAUUUGUUUUGUGUCGGAUGGAAUGCAGGCUGCUGUACUUGGCUUCACCUCUCCUGUCUGGGCAGUAAGGAAUUCCUCAACUCUUCUCUUCAGCACACUGAUUACAAGAAUCUUUGGAGUGAAGAAAGGGAGGGAUGAACAUUCGAAAAAAAACAGAAUGACUGGUCGUGAAUUUUUCACUCGUUUCCCAGCUCUGUAUCCAUUUCUUUUAAACCAACUCAAGGAGGCAGCUGUCUCAGUGGAAAGUGACAGUGGUCAAGUGAAGCUUCAUCCCAGCCUCUUCUUGCUGCUGCUGGUUCUCAGCCGACUCUACCCAUCUCCAAUGGAUGGCUCCCCUUCACCUCUGGGACUUGCGCCAUUCAUGCCGUUUAUCAUCAGAUGUGGCCGUUCAGCAGAGUAUCGGACCAGAGAGAUGGCAGCACAAGCCUUAGUUCCUUUUGUACUCGUCACCCGUGUUCCAUCAACUGUACACUCUUUGCUUCAAGCACUUCCGCAGGACCCAGGACCCCAAAUCCAACACAAUUACAUUCAUGGGACCCUACUACAGGUGCUGUUUCUGCUUCAGUCUUACCAGAGCGAGUCUAACAGACCCCUGCCAGCAGGAAAUGGAAUCGCCGAAGCUGUCCUUCAGCGCAUGUGGCUCGCCUCUCGACAAAAUGGCUGUGUGGUCACCAGAGGAGCUUUUCUGGAUGUUUUGGUCUGUCUAUGUGGGCCAAAGAUUAGUCUUCUGUGUGAUUCGGAGGUCGGCAAACUCCGUCAAGAGACGUUGUCCAUUCUGUUGACCUCAACUUUAGUCAACAACAACGGCCCCACAGCCAACCUGGAACCUGGCAACAUUCAGUACAUGCUCAGCUUGACCCGGGUAGCAAUCAGUGCCAGUGUGGAGAUUCCUGAGCUGUGGGGAAGGCAACACCUCACAACUCAGCUCCUGGAGUGUCUGUUCAAUUGCCCACAAUAUGAGGUGAGAGAGCUGGUUCUGGAGAGGGUCCUGAUGAGACUGAAAGAGGCGAAAGAUCAGAAGAAAACACCAGCGUGGCUAAAUGAGACCAUUCUAUCGAACCUGACAAGCCUAGCUCUUCAUGAGAGACACACCCAGUGUCUGGCCAAGGUGCUCCAAGUAUUGAGCGUGUUGAGCUGUGAUCUCCACUGGAUGAAUGGUGUGCAGCAUUUGUCUCAGGAAAGUUUUCUACUGUACCUGCUUGCUCUGGCUCAGAGAUCUGCUCUCAGUGUGGAGCUGUAUUGUGCUGCCAUGACAUUGCUAUCCCAACUGGUAACCCAGGUUGUGAACUCUGAUUCAAAGGGUGCAAGUAUAACAGCUUGCUUACCUCAGUGGAGUGCAUUAGUGUGCUCAUCCUGCAGUGAGGAACAGCCUGUCGAUGUAAAGCUGGCUGUUGCCAAGGUGUUGGUCAAUGCAACAAGCACACUAUUGACUGAGCUACAACUUGGUCUGGUCAGCACAUUGUCUCUGUGGAGGAGUCUGUUUUUGCUGUUGCAGGAUGAAGACCAGGAAGUUCGCAGUUGUGCUUCGGACUUCAUUGCUAAUGUACCAACUCAUCUGAUUAGUGCAGAUGUGGCAGGUGUGACAGUGUGUCCUCCUGUAGCCCUGGAUGUCGGUGUGAGGCUCUUGUGUCACCUUUUCGAACGGUGGAAGCAGGUACCAGCGGGUGUUAUUGCCGUGACAGAGUGGCUGCUGGGAGAUGAAGAAGGGAUUGAGGAAACAGGCGCAGAUGAUGCAUCCAUUCUGGAUGAAGAGGACGCAUUGUUUGAAAAAAGCGACCUUAACCUGUGGGCUGAGCCAGUCCAGUGGGUGAAGAUGCUUCACAGACACCUCAUUUCUCUUAUUAUUAUCUACAAACAGACCAAAGAAUUAGAAUGUAUUGAAAUGGAGCAAGCUCGCCAAAUCAAUAGAAUGGCUUCUCAUGCCCGAGCCAAACUGUUGAGAUCCAAACAAGCCUUGGACACCCUUCCAGUUCUACCCCAAUUCUCUUGCCCGACGGCGUAUGCCCGACUAGUACUGCAGGAGCAGAGGGCCACGUUGGCUCUGGAUGUGCUGGACAAUAUGAGAGGAGCACUUGAGUAAAACUGGAACGUUGGAAAAAGACUAUGAGACAAAUUUUCUUGAGUGAUCAUGAAUGUUACGCCUCAAGCAGGGAUUUUAUAUAAUCAGAAUUUUACUCUCUGCUAAUUUAAUUUUGGAUUUUUACCAUUGUCUUUGAUGUUUUAGAUUGAACAUUCUGAGAAAUUGAUUUUGUGUUUAAUGUUGUCAAUAGUUUCGGAGAAACCACAGCUGGAUAAUGUGGCAGAAAACUGUGUUAAGACUGAUAUUGAUUUUAUUUUGUACAUUUGUUUGUUUUUUAUUAUGCUUUUUAACUCAUUGACCGCCAUUGACAAAAAUAGACGCUCAAUCUUCUGUUGUUACAAUACUAAAAAUGUUUUAAACCCGAUAUUGAUACGAAAAUAAAAUGCUCGAUACCUGAUAUAAUUUUCAGUACUACAGGAAUAAAAAAACAACAACUACGCACCAAAUUUGAACUGAGUUUUACUCCGUUGGUGGUCAUUAUUUUUGUAAACAACAUAAAAAAAGUUCCUCAAAUUGCUGUAAAAUUAACAAGAAGUAACGUGAAAAUGCUCUAAAAUCGACUGAAAGUCAAUUUAGAAAACUAAAAAUGAUCCAAAAUGUACAUGAAGUGACCUGUAAGCAAGAAGGAAAUGACCCAAAAUCAACUCAUUGCCUGCCAAUCCAAUUCAUUUAAAUCGGAAGGUCAUUUCCCCUCACCAGUCAAAUUGAAUGGGACGUCUAACACCACAAAUGGAAACCAAUGAGUUAACAAGGAAAACACAAAUAUAUCCUACGUCACUAUUAUGAGUAGUACAACAUCAAAUUUACCCCAUGACAACAGAUUUCUGGUGACCUGUGCUAGUGCAAAAAAAAUAAGAAAUUGAAUAUUGAUACUUCAAAUAUAUCCAAAAUGAUGAGAAGAGCAUGAGGAAGAGAACCUGAUUGGAUGUCUAACACGGUCAAUGGCAGCCAGUGAGAUCAGGUGCUGUCCAAAAAUUUGAAUACCAGGAAAAAUCAUUUUGUUUCCUCAAAAUAUAACGUUGGUAAAAUAUCUUUCAUUACCAGGCAAAAUAAUUUUGUUUCCUCAAAAUAUAAUAUAGGUAAAAUACAUCUAGAACAUUUUUCAUGAAAACUGCAGUCUCUUUAAGAAUUAAAAUCACUGCAAAGCAGCAUAUCUUUAAGGCAUCAGUCUUGUCAUACAUCUUACAUAGUUGAAGUAUCUUUGAGUCAAAGUAUUUGAUAUAAAGGGAAUAAAAGAAGUUAAAGUCUUUCACUUCCUUGGUUUCUUUUUUACCGGAGCGACGUUGUAGCCCACUUUCACCCCUGAUUGGACGUCUAACACCAUAAAUGGAAACCAAUGAGUUAACAAGGAAAAUGCGAAAAUAUGCUCCAUCACUAACAUGACUAGUACAAAAUCAAAUUUACCCCAUGGCAACAGAUGGAUUCUGGUGACUUGUGCUAGUGCAAAAAAACAAAAAAAAUCAAGUAUUUAUUAGGGCUUAACAAUAUUGGAAAAAACUAACAUUGCGACUCAUUGGGGGUUUGCGAUGUAUUGCAUAUAAUACGAUAUAAUAUAUAUACGAUAUAACAGCAUAACCUGCAUGUACACUUUUUGCUGGGGACGGGACAUUAAUAAGACCAAACAGAUUGGGUGAACGGGGGUCGAAGCUACGUUUCUCACGAAUAUGAACCUAAUUAAUUGAUAGGCUAACUGAUCAUUGCAAAAUAAAUCUUCUCAGUGCUUCUCAAUUAUUUUCUGUUACGCCCCUCAUAGGAAGACACUAUUCGCUCAUGCGCUGGUCCUCAUGGGAAAUGCAGUCUUCAACUACUGCUUUUGUCCACCAGCGUCACAAAAAUUGACCAAAACUGAAAAGUUACCAAGUGUUACUUUAAGAUCACAUAAACAAAAUGAAAAUUGGGUUGAAGGGGGUAUACCUCGGUUCACUACAUUUCUCAUCGUUUAAUUAACGUUACCAGCAGAAAACACAUACAAAAGUGGAGGACACUGCUCUCUAAGCAGCUUCCUACUCGAGUUUUACAAGUUAGCAAAUCUAAUCUUAUGCAAACUCUGAUGCAGGUUGUAGCAAAAUUUCAAUAGCAAAAUUAGUGGUGUGUUCCCCACCACCAUCAGAUUGACGUCUUUUUACAUUACUUACAGUGGCUGCUGCUGGCUGGAAAAAAAACCUUCUAAUAUCCCUCCUCUUUGAAGGGGGUGGAGGAGGAGGCAUGUUGGCGACAUGUUGUAUUUUCGUCGGGUCUGCACGUGUGUGUGUGUGUGUGGGGGGAGGUUUAAGCCAUCAGCCAAUCAAACGUGAUUUUGAGGGGGAAAAAUGGACUAGCACAUUGAGCAAGUGAAAAAAGGGUAAAUAUAUUUAAGUCUGAACAUAAUGAAAAUAAUUUUCUUAAUAAUGGUAGGGUCAAUUGUAUUCUUACAACAUAUGGGAAGGCAACCUAAAUUACCUAUAUAACUGAACGUAUUAUAAAAUGCAAAUAAGGUUGCUUAAAAGUUGAUGGGGACAAUUUGAGCAUCCCGAAAAGUUGGUAGUGUUAUGUCCCUACCGUCCCUAUUAAGGGUGUAACGGUAACUGUAUUUGUAUUGAACCGUUUCGGUACGUUGUGCUCGGUUCGGAACGGAGGCGUACCGAACCACUUUCUGACGUAAUGUAACCCUUUUCGAGGCUGUGAGUCGAUCGGGUUACAGUUUCUUUGUGUAGAUUAUAUUUGCUCUGUCUUCUCUACUAUAACGAGGACCAACACGGUAGGACAGUAUAACCCAGAAACGUCAACGGUGUGACAACGUGGCUGCCGUAAGAACGCAGUGAAACGCGGGCGUUAAAGUCAAUCAGCCAAUGCACACCAGUAGCAGUGCGGCCGCGUGUUAGACGCGUCCCAGAAGCGGCUCGUUUAUUUGACGCAAGACGCGACCCUUCUGCGUCAAUACUACUACCGGUAGCUAGGAUCGGGCAGACCAGAAGUCACUCGUGUAAAAACACGGUGGAUCCAGUCGAUUUUCAAACUAAUAUGCAAUCGUAACCCACUUUUUGAGUCCAUCAGAUCUCUUGAGUGGUAGAUCGGGGCACAGUUAACUUGUCUUUGUUGAUUCACUGCUGUCUUCCCUGCUAUAAUAAUGACCAACACGGCCCCGUGUUCAAUACAAAACCCUCCUACCACAACAAAACAAGUAGGAACUAAUAUUCACAUAGGAACUAAAGUUAUACAACAUAAAAUAUACAAUAUAAAUGAAUACUACAUCACAUUUGUAAAGUAUAAACACAUAAUAAAAUAAAUAAUAGCCCAUUUAAAUAAAAUGAAAUUAGCUAAAACACCUGUAAUUAAAUGAUAAGAAUAAUACACAGAUCCUGCUUACACAAUUAAAUUUAUUAAUUUCUGUGUGCCACUUUAACUUGAAAAAAUCCACCAAUAAAGCUUUUGAAAACAGUUCAUAAGAAAUAAAAAUGAUUCAUUGAGGCAUUUCAUUUGUAAAAUACUUGUUAAAAUCUUUGUCAUUGGGAUUGCUUUUCUCUUUAGCACAGGACUUUUUUCUUCUUUCUUUCAGAAAGAAAGCUGACCAAUACGCGGGGUCUGAAAUGCAAAUUGUUGUUGGAUUAUCUUUAAAUACCCGCUACUUUUUGAGCAGAAUUCUAGCUUUGUAUAGGCUAAUGUUCCUAUUGUUGAAAGCACAAAGGUGUGUAAUAAACAACUAGCACAUUUAUAUUUUGCAUGUUGUUUUCUUAAUGUACCGAAAAUGAACCGAACCAUGACCUCAAAACCGAGGUACGUACCGAACUGAGAUUUUUGUGUACCGUUACACCCUUAGUCCCGAUGCAAACCUACAGUGCUGCUCGAAAGUUUGUGAACCCCACAGCGAUGGUCAGAUUUUUUGUAAAAAAAACUAAAAUAACCUUAUUAAAUGUUAAGUUAUACCCAAAUCCACAAUACUGACAUUCCAAAUAAUGGACUGAAACAAAAGAAAUAGUUAUAUUGUCAUUCUUUAUUUAACAAAAGUGGUUGAUUUAAGAAAAACUCAGAUAUCAUGUGUGCAAAAGUAUGUGAACCCCUUCAGUUAAUAGGAUAUUGCGCCUCCUUUUGCAGAGAUUACCUCAACCAAACGGUUUCUGUAGUGACUAAUCAGCCUCUCACAUCUACUUUGGGGGAUUUUUGCCCAUUCUUCCUUGCAGAACGCAGUCAGUUGAGAGAGGUUUGAUGGGCGUCUGGCAUGAACUGCUCGCUUCAGGUCCCGCCACAGCAUUUCAAUGGGAUUUAGGUCAGGACUUUGACUGGGCCAGUCCAGAACACGAAUCUUCUUCUUUUUCAGCCAUUCCUUGGUUGUAUUGCUGGAAUGCUUUGGAUCAUUAUCAUGUUGCAUGAUCCACCUUCUGCCAAGCUUUAACUUCAAAACAGAUGGCGUCAGGUUAUGUUCUAGGAUUUGACAAUAUUCCUCAGAAUUCAUGAUUCCCUGGACUAUGUGGAGUUGUCCAGGUCCUGAGGAUGAAAAGCAAGCCCAGAUCUUGACAUUCCCACCUCCAUGCUUCACUGUUGGGAGAAGGUUCUUUUGGUGGUAUGCAGUGUUGACUUUUCGCCAGACAUGGCGGUUUUGGUUGUGACCAAACAGUUCGAUUUUGCACCUACAUCAGUUGAUGAAAACUCUUUUUAAUUUAGUCUCGACAACACAACUGUUAAAAAAACAAAAAAAAAACUACAGAAUUGAUUGAUUAGGAAAUCAGGUUGAAAUAAUAGAAAAUUCCAAAAUGUUGAGGGGGUUCACAAACUUUUGAGCAGCACUGUAUGCCCUUGUCCAAAAGGAUGAGAAGAGCGUGAGCAAGAGAACAUGAUUGGACGUCUAACACGGUCAAUGGCAGCCAAUGAGAUAAGGUGCAAUAUCAGGCAAAAUAUUUUUGUUUCCUCAAAAUAUUGUCCAGGAAAAAUAUGGAAUAUUUUUCAUGAAAACUGCAGUCUCUUUAAGAAUUAAGGUCACUUCAAAGCAAUAUAUCUUUAAGGCAGGGGUGUCCAAACUUUUUGCAAAGGGGGCCAGAUAUGGUGUGGUAAAAAUCUGGGGGGCCGACCUUGGCUGACGUCCUUUACGUAGAACAAUAUAUUUAAGCAAAAUUUAGCAAGCCACUCAGUGUGUCACAUUUGCUUUAUUAUUUUUUUAAUAAAUAAUUUCAACAAUCUCACAACUAGCCUUUGCGGCGUUCUCUUUCGACUCUCGGGCUCUUGCGAAAUACUACUGCUGUGAAAUUAAACUAGCUUUAAGUUGCUUCAAUUACUCGCUGCGUAUCUUCCCUGUAAUCUUGUCGUACAUGUCAGCGUGUCUUAUUUGGUAAUAUCGCCUCACAUUGAAAUCUUUAAAAACAGCGACUGUCUCUCUGUAAAUGAGGCAAGACACAGUUGUUGCGUAUUUUAGUGAAGAAAUAGUCCCAAUUUUCACCUAUCCUUGAAGCGUCGGCCGUCACAGUCAACUUUUUUUUGUUGAUUGUCGCCAUUGUAGAAAAUUGGAAGUAGAGGGUCACACGGAGUAAUGUUGCUUAGCCCUUAAAUAGCUGCAACAUGAAGCAUUUAUCAGACAAUCCCAAAAUUUUGAAUAAUAAGGUCCUAUUGAAACCUUUUUUGCAAAUUUGUGAAAAGUCAAAAUGAAUAUGUGUAAUAAGUAGUGUCGCACCGAUACCAUUUUUUGGGCCCGAUACCGAUACCUGGCUGUGCAGUAUCGGCCGAUAUCAAUACCAUUCCGAUGCCACUCGGUUUGCAAAAAAAAAAAAAAACAUAUUAUAGAUUUAUAUAUGUACAUAUAACGGAUGCAACGAUACAGUUAAGUCACGGUUCAGUACGAUUUUCGAUACAAUUCAAUACAUUUAAUGUUUUGAAACAGAAAAUACAGCUGUUUUUAUUUUAAUUUUUUUAUGUUUUUUUUUUAUUUGCUAACAAGCAAAAAUAACAGUGCCAUCAUAAACAAGCAUUUUAGUGCAUAAUAUUUAUGUGCUUACUUCUUACUGAUUUGAAGAAAUUUUGUAUAAAAGUGCUGAGAACAAUAUGUAGUUUGUAAAGUGGGGCACACUGUUGAUUGCUGCAGCUCUCAUAGCAGCUAUAUUUACCAUAUGAGCAAAACAUACUAUUUGGGGUCCGAGUACAUCUGUGUCACGUACUGAAUUAACAAUAUUUGCAGCAUUAUCUAUAGUCACUGGUAUGGAUUGAUUUGGGUUGCUUAGCUUCCAUUCAGUCAUGGCGGUUUCUAAUUCAUCAAUGUAGUAUAUGGACUACGCGUCGCUUUGGGCUUACGCAGCUAAUGGCAUGGGAUCUAAUGUAGCACAUCUAGGUUGCUAUUUGAUGAUAUCUAGUGUGUGCGCGCGAGAGUUGGCAUGGGAUCUAACAUUGGACAUCUAGGUUGCUAUUUGAUGAUAUCUAGUGUGCGCGCUUGAGUGUUUUCUGGCCACAGAAGUCACUUUUACUCAUUACUACUGCACAACACCAGCAUAUGACAAUCGACUUUCAUAAACAGGACGAGUUUGAAGUACGGCGCUCUUAAUUUGCCACUCAUUGUUCAUCAUGAAACCAUGAGUUUGCUUAGUCUCCCACGGUCUUAACCUUUCUGAUCCCAUCGUCGCUACAACAGCAGGCGCUAGCUCACGCAUGCUAAUCGUUUGUACAGUUGUGGUCAAAAGUUUACAUACACUUGUGAAAACAUAAUG